AUGCCCAGUCACAUGAAAUUCCAGGCGUGGAUUAAAGGCAGUGGCGGGCUACUGCCCGAAUAUCGCGUCAACAUAGAAGGCAAUAAAGUUACAUGCUUUAUCCCCAGCAUCGGUGGAACGCCGUUUUCCGUGCACUGGAGGGAUGAAGGCUCCGAGAUGUUCACAGCUGGUUACAUUUUGGUUGAUGGCGUCGCAUCUCCCGGAAGAUUCCUCAAUGGCCUCGGGGAAACUCACCGGGAUGGCAUUAGAUCAGGGAACCAGUCCGAGAUUCCGUACAUGUUUGCGAAUAUCCCGUCGACUGCUCCUUUUCCAAAACCCGAAGACAAUCAUGGCAUAAUCGAGCUCAAGAUUAUGUUAGCCAAUCGUGGUGAGGGAAGAUCCCCCAAUGACCCAGAUAGACUAACAUCACAUCGUGAAGAUCAACUUGCCAGAUUAGGUCCCGAGUAUGACGUCGUUGCCAGAGCACCGGAACGUAUGUGUGCGCCACAAUUUCCCAAAACAUGGGCUGGCACGCCUCAUGGUGGAGGACCUCCUCGAUCCUACGUCAAAUUCAGAUUUGUAUAUCGUCCAGUCGAGUGGCUGAUGAAACAUGGUAUCAUCAGAUACUUUUGCAUCACCCCGCCCAAGAUGGUAGUUCCGGGUUAUAUGGCUCUCGAACCUCUCGAUACCACAGCUGGCCUGCGAACUGGUGACGAAGAUGAAGAAGCUGAGGACACCGAACAAGCAACAGGUGGCGAGGUUAACGCACACCCGUUCUCACCACCUCCUCUCCCCACUUGCUCUAAACUGAAGGGCAAGGGUAAAGAGAAGGAGACUCUUUCUGGGGCGUUUGGACGCAACAUGUCAGGCUUUAUAUCACCCGAGACCUCUGGCCACAAGGCCGAAGCGAUGGGACGAAAUAUGCUUGGGCAACCACAGGGCCCUACCACGGCAACUGCGCUCCAGGAACAAUUACCGGCCUCUGCUAAAGGGAAGACACGAGAGAAGACCACAAGGAGACGUGCUCCGCCAGGCCGACCCACACAAAAACAGCUUCGUGAAGAGAAAAAGAAACAUGAUGAAGAAAUGCACGAGAAAUACAAGCGCGGUGAAAUCAAAAUUCCACAGUACACGAUCCGCGAGCUGCUUGAAGAGCACAGGGAAGAAUUCGAGGCGGCAUACUUUGAGAAGUACGGGAAAUUACCCACUGGUGCCUACGAGGGUUUAGCAAAGGCGUCUGCUAUUGCUGCGAAGGAGAGUCCAAGUGCUCAGAACACCUAUAUUGUGCCUUCUAGACCUGGUCCUUCAGUCACUCCGGGAGUGCCAUGCGGCCCCCUCCGUCCCGCCACGGUGCCUAUGUUCCCUAUUCCAGGACGCACUCCUUCAGGCCGUCCGUCUGCGAUUAUUGAUACACGCAUGUUUGCGUACCCGUCUCCUGCUGCGUCGUCGCAGGCUAGUACACCGGCCUAUUCUGGCAAUCUCUAUCCUCAGCAAUAUGAUAACUCUAUGCAGAACUAG